AUGCCCGAGACGAAGAAGGAUCGGGGAAGAGCUGACAAGGAGAUUAAUUGGAUGAAUAAGAUAUUAGAGCCGUUAAUGAAGCAGCAGUGGGAGUUUACUAAUGGCAUGCAUCGACUCAAUCUACAAACGACUCCUGGCCGAAAGCCUCAGUGGCCAUGGAAUCAGAAGAACGGUAAGCUGGCCCGUGGCAAAGGCCCUGGCAUUGACUGGUACCGUCGCCAGACGACGAUUCUUCUGCCGAAGCUACUACCCUUUGCAAAACAGUGUCAAGCUGAACGGCCAGGUGCGAUUAUACAAGAGGAUAGGAAAGGCAAAAAGCACCAGCGCCUUGAACACUGCAGAGAUUAUCCAAGGAUGCUUUUAGGGGAAUUGAAUGGCCAAACUAGAUGGAGUCCUGCCUGGUGA